AUGUCCGACCACAACAAACCAGCAGCACCACGAAUAGCAAUCAAAUUCGGCACGCCGUCGAUUAACAACAACUCAAAAAAGCCUCCACGACCAAAUCCACCGUCGGCACUAGGGAAAAGACCGCGAUCACACGCGCUAGGGGGAGGAUCUGAUUCGGAAGACGACGAAGAUGACCACCGCGGACGACAUGAGAAAAUCACCGGCUUUGGCGCGGAAGGCGCUGAAACAGAGCGCAAAGUAAAGGACCCAAGGACAGAGAAGAAAGACUUUGUUAUUGCUCGACAACCGAAUCGCGACUGGAGAUCAAGUGCCAGAGCGCAGAAGGGCAGAAAUUUACUUCCUGAGGAGGCCAGGGCGCAACAGAACGGAACAACAGUCGAAACAGAACCGGCGGACCAAGAUAAGGGUCUAAAAUGGGGCCUAACAAUCAAGGAGAAAACGGACGAUAAUAAGGACGUCAAAUUGAACUACGACGACGACCAAGAACCCUCAGAGGAUAACGAUAAGAAGCCACCUCCCAAGCGAUCGGUAGACGACGAAGCCAUAGAUGCGUUACUCGGGAAGAAGGAGGAGGAAGACAAGAUCAUACAUCCUACGGAAGAGGACGCUUACCGCCGGGAUAUUCAUGAAGCUGGUGAGGCAUCUACUCUCAACGACUAUGAAGCCAUGCCUGUGGAGGAAUUUGGUGCAGCUCUCCUACGAGGAAUGGGUUGGGACGGUAAACCCCGCGGAGCAGUAAAAGAAGUCAAGCGACGUCCGAACCGACUCGGGCUCGGUGCCAAGGAGCUCAAAGGGGAAGAGGACUUGGGCGGGUGGAAUCAGAACGGGAAAAAGAACAGACGGCCACGUCUUGAUGAAUACCGCCGAGAGGAGAACAAACGAAAAGAUGGCCGUCGACAUGAAGACAGUUACAAGUACAGUCGGGAGAAAGAUCGGGAUUACAGGCAUGAAAAUCGUGACCGCGACCGUGACCGCGAUAGAAAUCGUGAUAGAAACAGAGAUGACGACCGACACAGAGGUCACCGAGACUAUGAGCGGCGACGUUGA